AUGUUCACCACUCCGGAGGCAGUUGCCGAGAAGCUCAUCAAGCUCCGAGACAGCUUGAUAAAGCUCAAGCAGGAUCGAACAACAUACGUCAAGUCUAGUAGCGUGGUUCGCCUCUAUGAUGAAUUGUGCGAGUAUAUCCGACAAGCACAAGAGUUUGAGAGUGAACUUUUAAAUGGCCCGAGGGAAAGUGGGAGCAAGCUUGGCGAGCUUGUGACCGACUGCUACGAGUUAAUCUCACUGUUGUUCUUAACGGUCGGAAGAAACAACGAACCACCAGCAGUUUACGCUCCUAGCGUCAUUAUCAAGCGACUUUUAGAGCACCUGAACGAGUCGGGCAAUUUUUCUCGAAAGGAUCUUGUCCCACUUCAGCGUACACUAAUAAACAUGCGCGAGAACAUCGAACAAGGCCGACCCCUCUACAAUUCCCUAAUUAUAUCUAUGCUUGAAUCACAAGUUUGCGCUUCUGAAAUAUCCUUAAAGGAGUUGAAGAAAAGGUUGGAACCGAUACCAUCAGAACUGGAGAGUUUAUUAGAGAGACUUGUGAGUCUGCGGAGGAGCAUCAAGGCCUGCGAGUCCAAGAAGCAGUUUCAAGUUACAGAGGUCGAGGGAUAUCUAUCUCAAAUCAAAGAGAUCGAUGCGUCGAGAAUAGAUGGGAAGUUUGUGGCAGAGGAUGGGAAUAUUCCGGAGACGGGACAAGAUAUCUUGGAUACUUUGCUCAAACGUUGCUAUAUAGUAGCGGAAAACGCUCUGCAAAAGCAAGGUGCAGUGGCACCUGGGUUGAAAACUACAUAUGAAGAAUUAUUUCAAGCAAAGAGUCAACUGGAAAAAUUAGAACUGACGCAGGCUUGGUCAUUGAGAGAAACAGAUCUUUAUGAGUUCCAAAAGCUUGUUUUAACUCUAGAUCAGGAACGAGUGAAUGGAAGAUUUGUGGAUAGUGAGGGAAACGCACCUGAAGAAGGUCAAGGUAUAUUAUUAUAUAUGGUUAGACGAUGUUAUGCACAUAUAUACAGCCUGAUAAAUUCAAGUGAACCCGUCAGUGAAGCCCUGACGCCCGUCUUCAACCAACUCCAAACAGUACGCCGUUGUUUAAAAGAAGUGCAGAAAUUCGGUAUCAGCAACGCUAGAGACCUCUAUCCAUACAGCAUGAAACUGGCCUCUAUUGAUAAUAUGAGAGUCGAUGGUAAAUUCAUGGUAGGGACAGAUAUCCCUGAGGGCCAAGGAAGGGUUAAUUCCUUAUUGGCAGAAUGCUUCGAGAUUUGCGAAGAACUACGAAAUAGCGAGGACGGUGGGGUUGCAACUCCCUAA